UUUUGUUCCUUCUUUCUCUGUUAAUGAACUCACCUGAGCUCUUCGUAUCGUUACAUUUUAUAGCAAUACGGAACUAUUUAAGGAUUCGUCUUUUAUUCAAAAAAUGAUAGAAUAUCUCAUUAUUACUUCAAAUAGAAUAUCUCAUUAUUACUUCAAAUUGUUUAUUUUUCUAGUAGGACAACGGAAUAAAGUAGACCAGAAACUGGUGGAAGAAGAGCUAGUUAAGAGGAUGGAUGAGUAUAAUAAGAGCAUGGAGAUGCUAGUGCUGUUGAAACAAUGUGAAGUUCAGAAGGUCAAGUUUCACAUAGAGGUUCAAGCAGGAAAUUCACGAAAGGUGGUAGCUGUGAUAGCAAUCAAAAGGUUGGGAGCGACUUGGAUCAUUCUAGAUAGGGAAAUGAAAAAGGAGAAGAGGUACUUUAUGGACAAGUUAUCAUGUGGCAUAUCAAAAUUGAAAAGUGACAACUCCAUGGAAGAUGUGAGAGGGCCACUAACAUUAAUAAAGAAUGCCAAGGUCUCCCUUACCAGAAAUAGGUUUUCUUAUGAUGAAAUGAUCCCAGGAGACGAUGACUCGUCAGAAGAACUUUCGUCUUCUCAACAAAACUUGAAAGUUGUUUCACAUAUGAGAACCUCAAGCAAAGAACAAGCAAGCAGUAUUCCCGGAAAGCCAGGCUCAGAUUUUUGUGAAAACUUGAGGAACUAUUCGGGUUUUCCAAGCUUGAACUUGAAUUCAAGUGACCUAGUAAAUUCAAGUUCAAGCUUGGGAAACCAGAAUAGUACCUCAAGUUCUUCUCAUCAGAAAGCAAAAACAACCACCGAAAACUCACCUUCCGACAUCUCCAAUGACCAGAACCAAAAUCAUCAAAAUGUCAAGGACAAAGAAAAAGAGGAGAUAUUCAGUGAUCAAUACUUUUAUGGUGUAAUAUCCAAAAAAUCUGAAUGUUCCAUUUGCGAGAACAGAAGGCCAAAGAUGAGAUGGCAUAAGGACUUCAGUUAUAAGGAGCUUGAAGAAGCAACAGGAGGCUUUUCCGGUGAGAAUUUUCUGUCAGAAGGUGGAUUUGGUUCUGUUUAUAAAGGGGUUUUAAAGAAUGAGCUAAGAGUUGCUGUGAAGCAGCAUAAAGAUAUGAGCCUUCAAGGGGAUAAACAAUUCAAGUCUGAAGUUGAUGUUCUUAGCAAGGCCAGACAUCCAAAUUUGGUCAUGUUGUUAGGGUCUUGCUCCCAAGGAAACCAAAAGUUGCUUGUCUAUGAGUAUGUUUGCAAUGGCUCACUAGACCAUUUUUUAUCAGCAGAUAUAAGGAUGCCUCUCAAUUGGGAGAGGAGGAUAAAAAUAGCUUUGGGUGCUGCCAAAGGCUUAGAAUAUCUCCAUAAACACAACAUCAUUCACAGAGAUAUCAGACCUAACAACAUCCUCAUCACACAUGAUUAUGAAUCACUGCUAGGAGAUUUUGGACUUGCAAAAGCUGGGUAUGAUGAAUCACAAAAUUCUUCUGGUAACAGCGUGGUUGGCACUCUUGGAUAUAUGGCACCAGAAUAUGCAGCUAGUGGAAAGUUCUCAACUAAAACAGAUGUUUAUGCUUUUGGGGUUGUUCUGCUGCAGCUUAUCACUGGACUCAAGACCACAGAUAAAUAUCCUGAAGAUAAAAGUCUUGUUGAAUGGGCAAUGCCUCUUUUGGAACAAAGGAAUUAUCCAUGUCUAAUUGACAAAAGGAUUAUGGAUUCCCAUGAUUUCCAUCAGCUAUUUUGGAUGGUUGAAUUAGCGGAAAAGUGUCUCGAAAAGGAUCCUAAUAAGAGGCAAACCAUGGAAUGGGUGGUUAAAACUUUGAGUCAUAUAAUGGAAGGAAAUGCUGAUUAUGCUAUAGACUUCAACUCCAUAGAAUCAAGCUCAUGUGUUGAUUUAGGUAAUAAUGAUCAUAACAGUAAACAUGAGGAUGGCAAAGGCAAUGAAGAAGAUAAAAUCCUUGGAACAGAAGCAACUUCUUCAUCUUCAUCAAAAAGGUGGAGUCCUUCAUCAUCCAAUAGUACUCAUGAAGAAUAUGGAAGAAGGAAGACUCCUCGCAAACAUAAAGGACCAUCUCCAAACAAAGGCAAACUACUUUAUAAAGAGAUGAUAAUUGACUAAUUGAUUUUAGUCAGAGGCAGAUCCAUGAUUUAAACUUUAUGAGUUCAAUCUAUAAUGUUUUUGGCAUUGACCCAUUUUAUUUCUAAAAUUAUGGGUUCAAGUAUACUAUUUGUUGUAAUUUUAAUGGAUUUCCCACAAAAAAGAAAUAAGUUUCACAUCGAAAAUAUUGGGUUUAGAUGAACCUAAUGUUGCAACGCUUCAUCUGCCUACGGUUUAAUAAUAUUUGGCUCUGGGAUUUUGUAAGAUUA